AUGACUGCACCUGGUAACUCCAAUCACCGCGCUUGGUGGAAAGAAAGCUCGGUCUAUCAGAUUUGGCCCGCUUCCUUCAAGGAUUCAAAUGAUGAUGGCGUUGGUGAUAUUCCCGGCAUCAUUUCCAAGCUUGACUACAUCAAGAAUCUGGCGAUAGACAUUGUCUGGCUAUGUCCAUCGUAUAAGUCGCCUCAGGUAGACAUGGGAUACGAUAUUUCCGACUAUUACAGUAUCGCCGAUGAAUAUGGCACUGUUGCAGAUGUCGAAAAGCUGAUUGCUGGUUGCCACGAGCGCGGCAUGAAGCUUUUGAUGGAUCUUGUCGUCAACCACACCAGCGACCAACACGAAUGGUUCAAGCAGUCCCGAAGCUCUAAAGAUAAUGAGUAUCGGAACUGGUACGUCUGGAAGCCUGCUAAAUACGACGAGAACGGCAAUCGCCAACCCCCCAAUAACUGGGUUUCCCAUUUCCAGGGUAUUUAUCAGACUUUACGUGAGUACAUGAGGUUAGAAUCAUCAUCUAAUUCGAUAUUCACAGGAAAUGUUUGGGAGUGGGACGAACAUACCCAGGAGUAUUAUCUCCACCUCUAUGCAGUUGAACAACCAGACCUCAACUGGGAACAUCCGCCCGUACGGAAAGCAGUUCACGACAUCAUGCGUUUCUGGCUUGACAAAGGCUGCGAUGGCUUCCGCAUGGACGUCAUCAACUUCAUCAGCAAAGAUCAGCGCUUCCCCGACGCACCGAUCAAAGACCCACGUACACCCUGGCAGUGGGGUGACAAAUGGUAUGCCAACGGGCCGCGCUUGCACGAGUAUCUCCAAGAUCUAGGAAAGAUCCUGAAAGAGUAUGACGCGUUUAGCGUGGGCGAAAUGCCUUUCGUCACGGACGAGAAGGAGGUACUCCGUGCAGUGCAAUUCGAGCGUAACGAAAUCAACAUGAUCUUCAACUUUGAGCAUGUCGAUAUUGACCAUGGCAAAUACGAUAAGUUUGAGCCUGGCAGCUGGAAACUCACUGAUCUCAAGGACUUCUUUGAGCGUUGGCAGACCUUCAUGUACGCCAACGACGGGUGGAAUGCACUCUAUUGGGAAAACCAUGACCAACCACGCUCUAUUGAUCGCUACACCAAUGCCAGUGAGGAAUAUCGACUGGUCGCAUCCAAGAUGUUGGCCACUGCUCUGGCAUUGCAAGCUGGAACUCCAUUCGUCUACCAAGGACAGGAGAUCGGAACCAGGAAUGUGCCCAAGGCAUGGGGUAUCGAGGAAUACAAGGACAUCGAUUGUCUCAACCAUUGGCACAGGCUGCCAAAGGACGAUCCGAAAGCCCAAGCAAUCGCACUUGGAGAGUACCAGAAGAAGUCCCGCGACAAUGGACGUACACCAGUCCAAUGGUCAGCUGCUGAGAAUGCAGGAUUUACUGGACCUGGUGUCAAACCUUGGAUGUCUGUGAACACAGACUAUCCCAAUGUGAACGCCGAGGCUGCCAUCAAGAACCCUAACUCGACGUACCACUACUGGGCUACUGUGCUGAAGCUGCGCAAGAAGUACCUUGACACCUUUGUGUAUGGUGACUUCACCCUUCUGGACAAGCCAAACCAGGAGCUCUUCGCGUACACUCGACAGUACGGAGACCAGAAGAUCUUGGUUGUGUGUCACUGGACUGAGAAGACCCUACAAUGGGAUGCAGCAGUCAAUGGCAUCACUGUGGUCAAGGAUGUCUUGCUCAACACUUAUGAGAGCGCUGAUGACGCUCGUCCGCGCUUUUCUGAUGGCAAGUGGACCCUCCGCCCAUAUGAGGCUGUGGUGCUGCUCUUGUAA